AGCAAGUGUCUCGACCUUCCACUGUUUGAUGCAAAUGUCCAUCCUUUUUACGCUAGUCAGCACUGAGCUAUCUGACCACUAAUGGAACGUUUUCAAACGGUAGUAAUCACCUCCGGAACGCUAUCACCAUUGGAGACGUAUCCAAAAAUUUUGGACUUUGAGCCAGCUGUUAUGGCUAGCCUUAAAAUGACGUUAGCUCGGCCUUGCUUGAGUCCAUUAGUAGUGGCAAGGGGUAAUGAUCAGCAUGUUAUCGACGAGUUGAUGAAAUCGAAGCUCCUAUUUAUUGAAACUAAUGAUGCUCUCGAAACAUCAGUGGCCUUGGAAAAGUAUGUAGAUGCAUAUGUGACAGCAGCCGCGGUGUAUGUUUGUUCUCUGUCGCUCGAGGAAAAGUUUCGGAAGGAAUUGACUUCAGAAACAACAAAAAGAACAGAAACAACAAACCAUUUUGGGCUUUUUUGAUCCAAGAGAACCGGGCUAUAUGACCGUUAGCAGGCAUGCCUCACUCUAUGUUGCCUCACACCAAUGAUUCCUAUCUUGCCUUAUUCUCUCGAUUCCACAUUUGAUCUCAUCAUAUAGGUGGACUCGAUAAACUUGUGAAUUGAUGUCAAUGCGCAUUGCGCAUUCAAGUUGUUUCC